AUGGGCAAAACACUUGUAGAAUAUCUUAUGCGCGACCUAUCUGCAACUGUUGCAGGGAAACACACAUAUGACCUAUAUGUUCUUUCAACGACCCAGGUCGAAACAGAUUCACCCACCCCGAAAUUGAACCCAACAGCAAAACGACGACGGUUUAUUGUAUUUCUUGCAGAAGACGCGAUUUUUGUAACUGCUUUAGAAGUACAUGAAUACGUUGAAGAUCAUGGAGAGAAUGAUUCUGUUUCUUUAUACAUCUCCAAAGUAGAUACGACGGGCUUCAGUUCGGAAAGUGGUAGUCCUACGAAACCUCUGAUAACGUCAUUCUUGAAAUACUAUAUAGAAGUUCGCUCACCGAAACUAUUAAAAAUAAAUGUGUUCGCUCGAGCUCAACCGCAGUACCUUUUUACCAAAUCUUUUGAAAACCCUCAGAAGCGCGUUCUGCGUGAUACUGCCCUUGUGAAAUGGUGGAAGAAUGUGAUUACAGAGACAUUAUCUACAAUUAGCAGUCGAAUGAGAGGCGGGACAACUGCCUGGUUCUAUAUCCCUGGCGAAAAUUCAGAGCGUUCAGCACGCAUUAUUAUCAAGGACGAAAAUGCUGAACCACAAGGGAAGCCGUUAUGGAUCUAUGGCUACCCAUAUGAUGAUGAUCAAGCUGCAAACAAUGUUAUACCUCGGUUUAUAGAUGAUGCGAAAGGACGAGUUUUGAGAGAUGUUGCAGGAAGAGACGGUAAGAGAAAGAAAACGACAGAUGAUGGUGACAAGCAAAUGUCUGUGGAGGAAUUUUGGCAAGUGAUGGCAAUAUCAGGUGAAUGCGGUGCUGGUAAAACCACUGGAUUCUUUUGGGUAGAGAUAACCAAUGCGCGUUCAGAACCGAAUAAAAAAUGGAAAACUGAUGGGAUGUCAGUAAUUAAUGAUACAGAAUUUCCUAGAGUAGUUCAUGAACUAUUGGAUCUUGAUUUCUGGCCACGUGAGAAAGCAAUUGAAUCGACGCAAAAGUUUACAGAAAUACUUGCUAAUGAAUGUGGGUUACAACAAGUCAAGAUCGUAGUCGAUAAUCUGUCAAAACAGUUUAAAAAGAUUGACGAUAGAGUAGUUAAUAAUCUACAGACAUCUGUCAAGAGAAAAAUUCCGCCGUCGGAGAAAGACGGAGAAGCAAGUGUCAAUGUGCUGUCACCAUCAGUAAUCAGGAGAAGGAUGAGAUGA